AUGCGCGCAACAGUCCUUCUCACAGCGCUACUCGCGCCCUUGACCAUACUUGCUGCUCCAGCUCCCGUCGAGAAUGCAGCUAUCAUCAGCGCGAGACAAGGUGCUGUCAAGCCUAAACCCUGCCAACCGAUCACACCCGCGCCAACGGAGGAAGAGACCGAGGCAAGAUUUGAUAAAUUCGCCGAUGCAUUUAUUGUGAAGAAGAACAUUACAGGGGCUUUUGAAUAUAUUAAUCAGGCGUAUAUUAACCACAACCCAAUGGCCCAAAAUGGUUUCGACUCCGCAUGGAACAUUCUCAGUCCGAUAUGGGGAAACCAACAAAUCACUGUCCUAGGCACCAAGUUCCAAGGCACUCAGGGCUGGUUGCAUUAUCGUAGUGGAUUUGGUGAGGUCGUUGAUCGGUUUAGAUGGGAGGCGGGCUGCAUUGCUGAGCAUUGGGAUCAGGGUGAGAAAUUCCCAGCGUAG